AUGCAAGCACAGCCCACUGUAACAAGGUACUCAGCCCCGAAAAAGUUCCGCGAGGCUGGACCCCAGAACCUUGACCAAUUUUACGAGAGCCUCUUACAAGUGUCCACACCGGAUCACCCUCAGUACGGCAAACACUACGAAGGCCACGAGCUGCGGAGCCUGCUGAGGCCGACUGACGAGGCGUCGGCGACUGCAAUCAGCUGGCUGCAGGACAACAACAUCACUGAUAUUCAAGAUGAUGGCGACUAUCUCAUGUUCCGCACGACUGUCGGGACAGCAAACACGCUACUGGAUACGCAAUUCGACUGGUACCGAGGCGAAGACGGCGUGCAGAUGAUGAGGACGACCAGAUACUCAGUCCCGCAGGACGUUGCAGCGCACAUUAACUUCGUGCAGCCGACGACACGGUUCGGGACCGCAAAGAGACUCGCCUCCCAUGUCGACAUCAUGGAUGGCGGAGCUCCAACCGAUGGGACUUCGAAAUGGGUGUCUGCACCCGAUAACCUAAAAGUCAACGCUGCCAACGCGGUAGAUCCCGCGUGUAACACGGCGAUCACGCCUCAGUGUUUGUUCCAGUUGUACAACGUCAACUUCAAGGGGAACCCGGCCGGCGGCAACACUGCAGGGUAUGUCUCGUUUGUGGGCCAGUCUGCUCGGUUGACCGACAUGACCAUGUUCGAACAAGUCCAAGCCGACGCUGGCGAGGCGAAUCUAGACCAGCAAUACGUGCUAGCAGUGGGCUUUGAUACGCCAGUAACGGAGUUCAGCGUAGGAGGGCUCGGCCAACUGGUCCCAGACGGAGAGUCACCGACGCAGGAGGGCAAUUCUAACGAGCCAUUUCUGGAGUGGCUCAUUGCGCUGAGCGCCAUGGAUAACAGCCAGAUUCCGAACUCGAUCUCAGUCUCCUACGGCGAGAACGAACAGGAAAUACCACUGCCUUACGCGACCCAGGUCUGCAACAUGUUUGCACAGUUGGGGGCUCGCGGGAAGUCAAUCAUGAUCGCGUCCGGGGACUCUGGCGUUGGGUCGUUCUGCCAGGCCAACGAUGGGACCAAUGCGACCAGAUUCCAACCUCAGUUCCCUGCUUCUUGUCCUUAUGUCACAGCUGUCGGUGGGACGCAGGGUAUCGCGCCAGAGACGGCCACAUUCUUCUCGUCAGGCGGCUUCUCAAACGUCUGGCCCCGCCCAGCGUACCAAGAGCAAGCCGUGUCCACCUACCUGCAGACAGCAGUCGGCAACAACCUCACGGGGAUGUUCAACGCCUCGGGCCGGGGCUUCCCAGACGUCGCCGCGCAGUCGGUAAACUACCACGUCAUCGACAAGGGGAGAGACAGCGCCGUUCGGGGCACCUCGGCCGCGGCGCCGACGUUCAACGGGAUCGUGACGCUGCUCAACUCGGCGCGCCUGCAGGCCGGCCAGCCCACGAUGGGGUUCCUCAACCCCUGGCUGUACUCGAACGCCUCGGCUGCGAUGAAUGAUAUCACCACGGGGGCUUCGACUGGCUGCGAUGGACAGGCUCGUUUCCACGGGAAGCCCAACGGGAGUCCGGCCAUUCCUGGGGCUAGCUGGGUGGCUGCGCCGGGCUGGGAUGCCGUGACUGGACUGGGUACCCCCGACUUUGCCAAGAUGCUUGCCAUCAGCUCGCCGAAUGUGAAGAAUGAGGGCGGUGUGCUAUCGGCCUAA